AUGCCGUCAUCGACAACUCUGGACAAUAUCCAGGAAUUGAUGCAACAGGGACCAGAAGGCUUCUGUCCCGAAAAGUACAGGCAGGUGCUUGUAGAAGCAGCGCAGACGCUCUGUAACUGCGCCCAGGUUGCGUCUGCGGGCCUGCGUGGGAACGUUGCUGCGAGUGAAGGAGGCGUUACGCUGCAAUCUCUUUUUGAAGCAGCGGAGUUGCUUCUGCAGCGUUUGGCGCGGUGGGUCAAGGAAGGUCUACUUCAGAGUCACGAGUGUUUGCCGCUGUUGCAGCGGCUGCGGGGGUUUGUCGCAAGCAGUCUCGCUGACGACCCUGCAUGCCAAGCUCCCGCUUCUAGUUCACAACUGAAGCUUCCAGACGGCAGUGAGCGUUGUCACCCAAAGCUCACCUCCAAGCUGAACUCUGAGGCACACCGUCUGAGAAUAUGCCUGUACGCCUGCUGCCUGCGCACCAUGUGCUUGGCGAGCGCAGAGUGGAUAAACCGAAUCCUGAGUGACUCACCACGCUACUUGUUGUGUUUCCCGUGGAUCGGUGACACCGCCCUGCCGAUGCUGCAGAUAUACAUGGAGCUACGGGAGCGAUGGCUUCUCUGCAACGAUCCAACUUCGAUUCGGGAGCAGGUCACUACGACCGAGCGACAAGUCCAGAGCAAGCUCAUGCAGGACGCCGUGUGGUCAUGUGACGGCGCUACGCUGACAGCACUCUCGCAGCUGUUGGUACGCAUUCUGCAGCAAGUGCUCCGCAUUGACUGGUGGUGGCAAUCAGCUGGCUACGAUCUGGAGACGGCACGGGACUGGUCUUGCGUCCUUCGUUUCGUUCUGGCAGCGGCACCAGAGCAAGCGCUCCCAGAUAUCCUCUGUAUUGUCGAGAUGGAGGCUCAUGCUGAGCCUGCGCUCGGCGAGGCGCUGCUCGCUUCGAUUGCCACGGAGGUGAAUGCCCUGAUACCGGGAACGUUAUCACGAGCGGCUCGCUUGAGCAUUGAUCUUCAUCUCUGUUUCCAUUUGGCAGAAAUCGAAGCCAUCGCAGAUCUCGCCCGGGAGCAGGCAGCUGCACUGCUCUGGAGACAUGAAGAGGAAACUGCGAUCGCGGAAGCUCCCGAAAAUGCUCCACCGAGCACAUCCGCGUGCUCGGCGGAGGCGAUUCUCUCUCGGAUCAUCAGGCUUCCGGGGCUCGAGCACGCUGCGCCAGUGAUCGCAGAGCUCGCGUUCCAGUGGAUGCAACUGACCCCAGCUCAGAAGAUUCGCAACUUUUCCGAGCGCCUGAGGAGCGGCAACAGCUGCCCCCAGACGGGACGCCCGGAUCGACCUUUGGCCAUUCGUCGACGUGGACGCCGUCGUACGCACGAGCAAAUCUCGUCGCGGUCAUUCUUCCUGCAGCGGUGCGCGGUCCACGUGCUCACGGAGCUCUUUGGACACCACAGCAGUGCACGGAAGGAGAUUCUUUCAGCAUGUCUGUCGGCCAUCGCAGAAUCGCAGCAUCUGCUCGCCACCAGAGCAGCAUACUGUACUGUAAUCGAACGCAUCGCGAGCUCACCCGCAUACCGCGUGCAUCUUCGAGAUCUGAGCGAAAGCGUUCUCGUCUGGUUACGUGAGCUCAUGAUCGAGUUUCCGAUAUCUCUCGCAAAGCGCAUUCUAGCGGCAUUGGCACCGCUGGGAGCGCUCUGGCAGCCUAUGGGUGACGGAUUGCUCAUCUUUCUCCGUAAGCUGGCUUGUUCGCGGGCCAUUCGUGCACGACGCAUCGCUGCGCAUGGACUCGCCUGUUUUCUUGUGUCUCCGUAUCUGACAGAGUCUGCGGAAAUCGAGACCAGCCAGCUCCUCCUGAGGACGUUGAAUAUGGCGCCGGAGCCGCUGCGAGCUGAAAUAUUGUUAGCCAUUGGCAGCGCCCUGCGAGGUCGGGUGCUUCGCCACGCUACCAUCAGUGUCUGGAGGGAAUCUCUUGCCCGAUGCAUCGAGGCAGUGUCCACGGAAACGCCCCGGGGAUCAACUUUGGUCUCGACACCGCAUCUGGAUCUUCAUCGAUGCUUCCACGCAGCUGGUGUCGCAACGGAGGCGCUGCCUGAACUCCUGCGUUGCAUCCAUGCAGUGCCAUUGACCGGAUAUGCUUCGGAAGCCGGUGAUGCGGCAUGUACACCCGCCAUGACAUCGCAACAGGCCGCGACUUCAUUCCAGGCCGACGUUUCCACAAAUUUCCUGCGUUCCUUUCUGAGCACCCUCGUCAGUGAUCUAUCAAAUGCGCCGACAGUUUUGCGGAUGCUGGCUCUCGACCUCCUCUUGGAACGGAAGGCAUCUACCGAGCAAUGGCUCGCUCCACUGACACGAAUUCAAGUCGCGGAUAGUCGCUUGAAAAUGCUCGCCACAUGCUACGAAACCUUGCUGGACGUCGGCCGCUCAUCGCAGACAGAACAGCAGACUCUGCUCGAGACUUAUGGUCAGCUGAUGCACUUGUGUGAGGCCAUAUUGCCCAUUCUCGCGAACGCUGUCACGCGUCAACGUCAGCAGCAUGUCGUUCCAGAAACCGAUCAUGAACCAACCGCGGGAGAGGAUUACGUCACUGGUGCUCGUUCGGUCGCUCGAGAGGUUCUUCAAGAUCCCCGUCGGAUCGUGCUGUGGACACCGGCCACGGUGAGUGCAGCCGAGGCAGCCUCUGACCUAGCCUAUGCCUCUUCCCGACAAGACGGUGAAGCUGGAGGUUUUAUGCAUGAUAUGCUCGCUUGGGUACGUAUUGUGCCGGCGCUGAGCGCAGCUCGAGCGAUUCAGUUGCUUCAGGUAUGCAGGUCUGCGCACGGCGCUGCAUCGCUCUUUCGAAUCCUUCGGCGUCAUCUGGACAUUGAAACAUACUUCUGGGAUCUUCGCGGUACAGGUGACUACUUUGUGAACAAUCGUGUCUGGCCUAGCUGGUUAUACCAGGGAAUCGUGGAGGCAUUGCGCAGGCUCGUUAUCGCUCCCGCCAAUGCGUCCGAUGAAGUGCCAGCAGGAAAAACCUCCCUGCAGUGCGCGUUCCUGUCGCUCGAUCUCGCGUGCUCCUCAGUAGUUCGCGAUUCGAUUGAACUUCAGUGUCGUCCGGCGUCUGCAGAGCUCUGGCUCAAAACGCACGCCUUGGACUUUAUCGCUGCGAUUUUGCCCAAAUGGCCUGUCCAUCAGGUCGCCGCGUUCCUGGCGGUACCGCAGGUACAAAGUCAAUUGCGGCUGAUGCUCACGAACAACUUCUCCGAACUGUACGCGAUCCAGGACAGCACCAAGUUGACGCAGGCGCCAGGCCUGGAAUGGCUUGCCGCCUACCUGACGCGUCGCCUCCGGGCAGACUUUCAUCGCGGUCUCACGGUGAAACUCGUUUCCAUCUAUGCGGACUUGAUCGCCCAUCUGAUUUGUCAGUCGCGAGAAUGGUCCCAGGCAUCCGCGAGCAGCGGUGUCGAAGACAACUCGCAGUCGCAGGCGCUCCAGUACAUCGAGAACGAGCUCCUUGGUAUUUUAUUCGAUUUCGAUAUUCCACAGGUUAGCGUUCAUCGGCUGCUUUUGCGACCGUUGCUGCUGGUGCUAGGCUCGAAGCGCGCGCUCCAUCUGUGCACCAACCUGAUCCUGCAGUGUCGUUCGUCGGCCGAUCCGUCAAGUGAAGCGCCCAACGAAGACACGCCCGCAUUGCUGCGACUGCUGGCUCAGGCGUCAAAGGAAACCAGAAUGGCUGCACUCUGGGCUGUGGUUGAGUUUGGUGCCGAUCAUUUACCUCGCGUUCGCGUCAAAACGCAAGUUGCUCGCGCAUCCACGAUUAACGACCAGGAGCUGCGGUCUGUGCAACAACUUGUAACGCUUUUGGAGUCGUUUUUCGCGCCAGGCACGGUAGCGGUACCGCUGGCGCUUUUCAUGCGCCUUGCAUCUGUUUCGCAACAGGCGCUUCACUAUCUCCAGGGCGUGAGCGAAAUGAUCCGCAGACAACUCGAUCGUAUCGUGAAGCAGCGCGGCAAGCGGCCUCGCGGAGACGAGACCCCCGAAAUGGAGUCGUUCACGGACGCUGACCAAGCGCCCCCACUUGUGCAGUGGGCGUCGGCUCUGGAGUUCCUCCAGCGAACCCGAGCAUCUGCACAACGAGUUGCCCGCCUGAUACGCCCUGACGCCAUACGCGAGGCACUGCCGGCCCGUUGCGCCUCGGCGCGAUCCGUGAACCAGGCCUGUGCCCGCUUCGUCUACUGCUUGGAGAAAUUUGAAUCCGAGUGUCGCCAGCUAGACGCCAGUCUCGCGAGGUUGCAGCAGAAACUUCAAGACGUGCCCAAGGCGCUCCAGGACGCGGUUUGUGGCUGGCUCGCAAACCACGCACCGACGCAAAAAUCGACACCACCGCCAGCUCCUGGGCUAGUUACCGGCGAGCUGAAGAUCAUCUUUACCGACUGGGAGCAGGCACCUGUAGCAUGCACCAAAGCCAGAGCGUCGACCCGUCGCGUAUGUUAUCUGCGCAGUCGCAACGCGUACAUUGAUCAAGUGCUCCGACAAGAGGGUGCUGAUGAACCAUAUGCAGAUCUAGAGGACUUCAUUGCAGCGGACGAUGCACUGAGUUUUACGGAGCGUCGACACGCACCGGCAACUACCUAA